GAAAAGGAGGAUGACAAAUCAGACACAUCAAGCUCUCAGCAGCAGAAAAGUCCACAAGGUCUGAGUGACACCGGGUAUUCUUCUGAUGGGAUAUCAAGUUCACUUGGUGAAAUUCCAAGUCAUAUCCCCAGUGAUGAAAAGGAUUUACUCAGAGAAUCUAAUAAAAAAGACACUAUUUCACAAGAAAGUCCACCAAGCCCCUCAGAUCUAGCUAAAUUGGAAAGUACGGUACUGUCUAUUUUGGAAGCUCAGGCAAGUACACUUUCUGAUGAAAAAUCUGUGAAAAGUAAAGAGCUUUAUGAAAUGUAUAGUGAACAGACAAAGGAUCAACAAAAACCAAAACCUUUGCCAGUCACUCCAGAGUCUUAUAGUUCAGAUGAGGAAGACUUAGAAGCUAUUCAAGAAGGUGAAGGAACCAUUGUAGAAGAUGGCAAAGGAAGUUCUUCCUCCCGGGCAGACUACAAGGAAGAAGAUGAAGGAGAUGACAUAUUGGCAAGAAGACAACGCUAUGAUUCUGUGGAAGACAGCAGUGAGAGUGAAAACUCACCCAUUCCAAGGAGAAAAAGAAGAGCUAGUGUUGGUUCUUCAAGCAGUGAUGAGUACAAACGAGAUGACAGUCAGGGAUCGGGUGAUGAGGAAGACUUCAUUAGGAAACAGAUUAUAGAGAUGAGUGCUGAUGAGGAUGCCUCAGGUUCUGAAGAUGAUGAGUUCAUUAGAAAUCAACUCAAAGAGAUCAGUGUAACUGAAAGCCAAAAGAAAGAAGAAGUGAAAACCAAAGCCAAAGGAACAGCUGGAAAACAUAGAAGAAUGGCACGGAAAAGUAGUGCAGGCUAUGAUGAGGAUGCAGGAAGAAGACAUUCGUGGCAUGAUGAUGAUGAUGAGACUUUUGAUGAAAGCCCAGAGCCAAAAUACAGGGAAACUAAAAGUCAAGACAGUGAAGAACUUGCAGUAGCUGGAGGAGGAGGCCUUCGACGUUUCAAAACAAUAGAAUUAAAUAGUACAAUAACAAACAAGUAUUCUGAAGCAUCUGAACAACAGAAAGGUAUUCUGUAUUUUGAUGAAGAGCCUGAGCUGGAGAUGGAGAGUCUUACAGAUUCACCAGAAGAUAGAUCUAGAGGAGAAGGGUCUUCUAGCUUACACGCUUCUAGUUUCACACCAGGUACAUCUCCCACUUCAGUAUCAUCACUUGAUGAAGAUAGUGACAGCAGUCCUAGUCACAAAAAACUGGGUGGGGAGAGCAAACAACAGCGCAAAGCCAGGCAUCGGUCACAUGGCCCUCUUCUUCCAACUAUUGAAGAUUCUUCAGAAGAAGAAGAACUACGGGAAGAGGAAGAACUGCUAAAAGAACAAGAGAAACAGCGUGAAUUAGAGCAGCAACAAAGAAAAAGUUCUAGCAAAAAAUCUAAAAAGGACAAGGAUGAACUAAGAGCUCAGAGAAGAAGGGAACGUCCAAAGACUCCACCAAGUAAUCUUUCUCCCAUUGAAGAUGCAUCUCCAACAGAAGAAUUAAGACAGGCAGCAGAAAUGGAAGAGCUGCACAGAUCUUCCUGUUCUGAGUAUUCACCUAGUAUUGAGUCAGAUCCUGAAGGAUUUGAAAUCAGCCCAGAAAAAAUAAUAGAAGUGCAAAAGGUUUACAAAUUGCCUACUGCUGUCUCUCUAUACUCACCAACAGAUGAACAACCAACUGGACUCCCAAAAGAAGAAAGUAGUCAAAAGACAUUGAAAAGCGCCGAAGAGGUAUAUGAGGAGAUGAUGCAUAAGACCCAUAAGUCCAAGUCAUUUCAAAUUGCAAGUGAAAAAGAUGAAGUGUUUGAAAAAGAAUCUUUAUAUGGUGGAAUGCUAAUAGAGGAUUAUAUUUAUGAAUCUUUAGUAGAGGAUACUUACAAUGGAACUAUUGAUACUAAUCUGGUAAUGAGACAAGAUGAGAGCAGUGAAUACAUACAACAGAGAGGAAAAGAGAAAAAAAUAAGAGCUUCAGAACAGAUCUAUGAAGAAUCACAGAAAAUUACUGAUGUAGAGAAAGACUACUAUAGUGUUGAGACUUUACAUUCUAUUGUGCCUCAAGAAGAUAUUGUUUCUAGUUCUUACAUUAUUCCAGAAAGUCAUGAAAUAGUUGUAUUAGACAGCACGGUAACUUCCACCACUGAGGAAAAGCAGUUGUUAGAUGCAGAAGCUGCUUAUGAAGAGCUUAUGAAAAGACAGAGAAUGCAGCUAACCCCUGGGUCCAGUCCAACACAACCAACUUCAGGUUUCAUUCCCACAACCGAUACAAAAGUAUCUAGUGUUGGAGAAAUAGUGGAUAGUACGUCUUUAACAUCAAGCACUACUUCAGCAAUCUCAGAUGUAUCACCUGUCAGUAGCACAGCUCUUUCUAUUCCAGAUGUUAAGAUAACACAGCAUUUUACAGCAGAGGAAAUUGAAGAUGAAUACUUAACAGAUUAUGCCAGAGAAAUUCAAGAAAUAAUUUCUCAUGAAACGUCAAUGUUGACAUACUCUGAGACAUCGGAAGGUGCUGCAUCAGUUUUACCUUCUGAUACAGCUUCCUUAACAUCAUCUACGUCUUCGGUUUGUACCACAGAUAGUUCAUCACCUAUAGAUAGUGCAACUACAUGUUAUGUAGAUACAGCAGAUGCUGUAAGUAAACUAGCAGAUUCUGAAAGUGUCAAGGUAAUGACCCAAGCUCCCUUAACACGUACAAAAGAGUACUCUGAAGUGAGUAUGCCUUAUGAAUCUGUUGCUGGAGCCACAAAAAAGCCAUUUGUAGCAUCAGAUAUGGAAAGUGUGGAUCGAGCUGCAGUUUGUUUGCCUGAAACUGCACCUUCAGUAGUGGCAACUACAGUUAUAAAACCUAAGCAAUAUGCAACUGAUACCAUUACCUUUGAUACCUCCAAAGCAGAAAAGGAAGCAGCUAGAAAAAUGAAAAGUACAGUAGAGGCUGGCAUUGUCAAAAUUCAUCCUGAAGAUUCACACAAAGAAUUUGGUGUUGAUAUGGCAAGGAUUAAUUUGACUAGUGCUACAUCUGAGCAACCACCUGUAUGUAUAGCGUCAGUACCAGUUACAGAGCCUGCAUCAGAAACAUCUUCUGUACCUACUCCCAGUGUUGUAAGUAAGACCAGCAUGGUCUCUGUGCCUUCCUCAGCUCCUGCUGUAACAUCCAAAGUAUUCUCGCUUUUUAGAAGCUCUUCUUUGGAUUCUCCUGCACAACCUUCUCCACCCCCACCUCCUCCUCCUCCACCACCUCCUCCACCACCAUUACCUCCACCUAUUUUACCCAAGCCAGCCAUUUAUCCCAAAAAGAAGUCACAGAUUAAGACUCCAGCAGCAACAGCUCCCACAGUGGUACCUUCAGUCACAAGUGUUCCAACAUUAGAGUCCACAGCUGCAUUAAAGAAUCAUGUGGUACCUAUCACAAAAACAUACACCCCAACACCACCUCCUGUACCACCCAAACCAUCCUCCAUUCCAGCAGGGCUUGUUUUCAGUCACAGGCCUGCUGAAGUAACUAAACCUCCAAUUGCUCCUAAACCAGCAAUUCCUCCGCUCCCAAUAGCUGUUCACAAGCCAGCAGAAACACAGCCCAAACCAAUAGGUUUGUCAUUGACUUCAAGUAUGACUCUGAAUUUGGUCCCUGCAGCUGAAUACAAAAUAGCAUCUCCCACUUCCCCUUUGUCUCCACACUCUAACAAAUCAUCACCAAGGUUGACAAAACCCUCACAGGAAACUUAUGUUGUCAUCACAUUGCCAUCUGAGCCUGGAACUCCAACAGAAGCUAUAACUAGUCAGGCUGUUACCAGCUGGCCUUUAGAAGCACCUUCUAAAGAACAGAUUCCUCAGCCUAUGCCACCAAUUUUUACUCCAUCCAUGAAAACUAUGGAAAUUCAAAGUAUGGCAGAUCAGAGUAUGUAUAUUUCAGGUGCUUUGCAAGCUAUUCCUGUCACAACACAAUCAGCUUUUGAAAAAAUACCUAGUUCAAAAUCAGAAGUAGUAACAACAGCGGUAACCAAGACGACAGUUUCUAUGGUUAAGGGCCCAGUGCCUGGUUUUGGUGUAGGUAGUGUGGCUAUUACUAUACCUCCAGAGCCACUACAUAUAGUAGAUCAACCCAGGUAUAGAGAGAAUGGAAGAUUCCAUCCUUUGGGUGAUGUCAUAGAUCUUCGCACUUUAACUAAGAUGGAUAUUGCAAUGAGAGACAGCUGUAUGGAUCUGUCUGCUGUUUCCAUGGAUGUAAGAAGGCAAAUGCCAGCAAGUGAUACAUGUGGGCGGCCAGUAAGUACUGUCCAGCCAGCUAUAAUAAAUCUUAGCACUGCGUGUGUUGCCGAUCCUUCUCUGUCUGUAGUCACUGAGACAGUAACUGUAGUGACCUGCACUGCCACUGUAAGCUACACUACCAGUACAGACAGCCUUGUGGAUCUGGGACAUGCGAUGACAACGCCACUUCAGCUAACAACAUCAAAACAUUUUGAGCCUUCAUACAGAGUAACAGGCAGCCAGGCAUUCUCUGCAGCUAGAGAUGAGGUGCCAAUAAAUUUAUCCCUAGGUACUUCGACACAUGCAGUGACAUGGGCAGUAACAAAGCCUGUUACUGUACCACCUGUUGGUGUUACAAAUGGUUGGACUGAUCUCACCACUUCUCAGGAGCUGAUGGAGAGUGGAGCAGUUGACCUCAGCACUACAAAAUCCCACAGAACAGUAGUAACAAUGGAUGAAGCUACUUCAGGUAUCAUAACGACAGUAAUAGAAGAUGAUGAAAAGCCUGUGGAUCUGACUGCAGGGAGAAGAGCUGUCUGCUGUGAUAUGGUUUAUAAAUUGCCAUUUGGUAGGAGCUGUACAGCACAGCAGCCACCAACUACACUUCCUGAAGAUCGCUUUGGUUACAGAGAUGACCAUUAUCAAUAUGAUCGUUCAGGGUCAUAUGGCUACCGAGGAAUGGGAGGUAUGAAACCAUCUAUGUCUGACACAAAUUUAUCUGAAGCUGGACUGUUUGCAUACAAAAGCAAGAAUAGCUUUGAUUAUCGAGUUGGGGCAACUGAUGCAGCAGUAGAUCUUACUUCUGGAAGAGUUACUACAGGUGAGGUUAUGGAUUACUCAAGCAAGACUACUGGUCCUUAUCCAGAGACUCGGCAGGUGAUUUCUGGCAUCGGGCUCAGUACACCACAAUAUUCCCAAGCAAGAAUGGUAUCAUCUCUGGCUUCCCAGUUUGGCGUUGGAAGUGUUUUAAGGUCAUCCAAUGGUGUUGUUUAUUCUUCAGUAGCGACUCCAAUCCCAUCCACAUUUGCCAUCACUACACAACCUGGUUCUAUUUUCAGUACAACUGCCAGAGAUUUACCUACUCUACAAACAAUGGACUCGGUGCCCUCUUUAUCAACUUUGCAACAGAAUCAGCCGCUCCCGAGGUCAUACAGUUUCUUGACAACAGUGGCAGCUGAAAAAGAUAGUGCAAUUACUGCCAUUGAUAUGGAGACAGGGUUACCACCUCUUACUAUAGAAACUAUUACCACUGAGCCAACCAACUUAUUACCUGCUUUAACUACAGCAUCUGAAGUUUAUACAGAUGUAAUUGAAGAUGAGGUUGCCCUUCUCAUUGCCCCUGAAGAAGGCAAACAGCAGCAGCUUGAUUUGGAGCGUGAACUUCUUGAGCUUGAGAAAAUUAAGCAGCAGCGCUUUGCAGAAGAGCUGGAAUGGGAACGUCAGGAAAUUCAAAGAUUUAGGGAACAAGAAAAGUUUAUGGUCCAAAAAAAGCUUGAGGAGUUGCAGUCCAUGAAACAUCAUCUCUUAUUUCAGCAAGAGGAGGAGCGACAAGCUCAGUUUAUGAUGAGGCAAGAGACAUUAGCCCAGCAGCAGUUGCAGCUUGAACAAUUCCAACAGCUUCAACAACAGCUUCACCAACAGUUAGAGGAACAAAAAAUUCGUCAAAUAUAUCAGUAUGGUUAUGACCCUUCAGGAACUGGCUCGCCACAAACUACCACAGAUCAAACACUUUUGGAAGGACAGUAUGCAACCACAGAAAAUGGCCAGUUUUGGCCUACUGAUGAUGCAACCACUACGUCUUCAGGAGUGCUGGGUAUAGAAAUUCCACAAAGCCAAACAUGGUAUACAGUUCAGUCCGACGGCAUUACCCAAUACAUACCUAGGUCUGGUAUCCUAAGUUCUGUUUCAGAAAUGUCUCUUAAGGACAUUGAUGUUAGAGAGGAGAAGCAACUGAAAAAGAGAAGUUCGAUGCCAAAAUUACGUGGUCCAUAUGAGGAGCUUGAGGAGACUCUGGAAGAAGAGCCACGGUGCUUCAAAAAGAUAGUGGACAGUGGAGUGCAAACUGAUGAUGAAGACGGAGCAGACAGAGGUUACACAAACAGGAGACGGAGAACUAAGAAGAGUGUUGAUACAAGUGUUCAGACAGAUGAUGAAGAUCAAGAUGAAUGGGAUCUUUCUAGCAGAUCCAGAAGGAAGCCUCGUGUAGGAAAAUACAGUGAGAGUACCACUGAGGCAGACAAAGCUAAACAGUUCUCCAAAGUAUCUAGUAUUGCAGUUCAGACAGUGGCAGAGAUUUCAGUACAAACGGAACCUGUAGGAACAAUAAGAACACCUUCAAUCAGGGCCCGAUUGGAUGCUAAGGUUGAAAUCAUAAAGCACAUUUCAGCACCAGAAAAGACAUAUAAAGGAGAAAGUUUGGGAUGUCAAACAGAGACAGAGUCAGAUACUCAAAGUCCCCCAUAUCUGUCAGCUUCAUCUCCUCAGAAAGAUAAAAAACGCCCAACACCAUUAGAGAUAGGAUACUCAUCCCACCUUCGUCCAGACUCCACAUUGCAGGUAGUCCCUUCCCCUCCUAAAUCUCCCAAAGUUCUCUAUUCACCCAUUUCACCUGUUUCGCCAAGCAAAGUUAUAGAGUCAGCAUUUGUACCCUAUGAAAAACCCAUCACUGAUGACAUCAGCCCUCAGAAGAUGCUGCAUGCUGACAUUGCCAAGGUUCCUCCAUCAAGCCCAAAGGCAGCAAAGAUGAUGCAACGCUCUAUGUCUGAUCCUAAGCCCCUGAGUCCCACAGCAGAAGACAGUUCCAGAGCUCAGUUUCAGUACACUGAGGGUCUCAUG